GGCGCUGGUGCGGGGUGGCGGCUGCGGUGUGUGCGGGUGUCCCGGGCGGGCCCGGCCAUGUCUGACCCAGCUCAGGAACCUGCUCCCGGGGCCCCCGAAGGGGCAGCCCCUGGCGGGGGCCCCCCUGGGCCACCCCCCAAUCUGACCAGUAACCGCCGCCUGCAGCAGACACAGGCCCAAGUGGAGGAGGUGGUUGAUAUAUUCCGUGUAAAUGUAGACAAGGUGCUGGAACGAGACCAGAAGCUGUCCGAGCUAGAUGACCGGGCAGAUGCACUUCAGGCUGGUGCCUCUCAGUUUGAAAGCAGUGCAGCAAAACUCAAGAGGAAGUACUGGUGGAAGAACUGCAAGAUGAUGAUCAUGAUGGGAGUGAUUUGUGCCAUUGUGGUGGUGGUGAUUGUAAUUUACUUUUUUACUUGAAUGUAGCUCCUUCAGUCUGCAGCCUACUGUCCCUUGUCACCUUGCCUGUCUCUUCUUGCCCGUGAAUCUUCCCUUCCCUUCCACCUAGCUUUUUCAUUAAUUUCCUUAUUGGUUUUAAUUUGUUUUCUGUGUAGAACUCAAGUGCUCUUCUGAGCAUGGGUAGACUCUUCAACAGCUGCUGCAGCUUUAGGGAGGGUCAUCUGAGUUUAGAGGAAGGGGAAAUAGAGGAGGAGUGGGUAGCUAUUGCUCCUGUUCUCCUGCAGGGGAUUUUAGUGAUUUGAGUGUCAUCUUGUCAAAUAGUGCCUGUGUGAACACUAGCAAAAUAAGAAUGCCUUAAUGCAGUGCCUUUGGGGGUGAAGGACUUCAGCAUGUGUGUUCUGCCUAAAAAGGGGCAGCAUGGAAUAAAGGCUAGUUUGUGUUGGUCAGUGAUUGUGAGCCAUCUGACUGAGCUAGAUAGUCAUCUAGAUUUCUCUAGCCAUAGAGAGAUGUGCACUUAAAGGAACAGUUUACUCUUCCUGUCCUUAUUUUCAGAUAACUUGCUGUCUGAACGAGGCCCUUUCAGUUGUUAUAAAGGAGAGCCUACAUAGUUACCUCAGACAAGUGCAACAGACUAAACAUGGUUAAGGGAAAGGAGGUUUGUCACUGUCAAAAAGGCAUGUGUGGGAGUAAAAUCUCCUGCCAGAAGGAAAAAAAACAACAGUAAGGAGCCUGGUGGGGGGUGUCAAGUAUUCUUUUAAUCUAUGCAGACACAAGCCAGGACUCUGUGGCUUUCUACUAUCUUGUAGCUUUCCAGAAGACUUUGGGGUAGUGGCAAGACUGGGUGUGGAUGUUCUGCUUCUGUGUUUCUGGGUGGAACACCAAAGGAGGUCUCCUAUGUGGCAGAUGGAGGUGAAGGAGACUGGAGGUAUUCUGGACAAGACUGAACAAACCACAGUUUUUUGAUUGCCUGUUCUGUUUCUGAUACCCCAAAGCCCUUUCAGCAGGAGUUGGGAAGUACUUGGAAUGAUUAGGUAGGGAUUCAAAGGGAAAUGUUGCUCUGGGCGUGGGUGUUACAAAGUGGCAUCAGAUGUCCCUGUAUGGCAGCUUUAGGUAUCUAGAGACCUUGCCUAUCAAACUGAACAACUCCUUGCUAGGAGUUCUCUUGAAUUUAGAUCUAAGGUGGUCUCUCCUGGAAGUAAACCUGCAGCAUGGAAUGCAAGGGCUUUCUGUGAGCAAUCUCCUGGUUCUCCUCCUUCAAAAAUAGCAAGAGCUGUGAAUUAAUUGCUUGAAUGUGUUGUCAAACCUGGGUUAAAUGAGCUGCCCUGUUCCUCAGUUUCUGCAUUCUUCUGAGGAAUGUCAAUCUUGUCUUCUACAACCUGAGCUGUAGCCUAGAUUGGAAAAAGGGCACUUUAAUUUAGGAAGCUCUGCUUCAGUUCUAGAAUACACUGGGAUCUGCCUAGGCUUAAGAGAAUGCAGGGAGGCAGGGGAGAACAUCACUGGAGUUCCUGGGUCGCAGUGAAGUAUGAAAGCUGGGAGAAGUAGAUGCUUUUUAUUUCAUUGUGUGUCAGGGAAGCCCCUUUCCUCCUCACAGGGCAUUUGGGAAGGGGCUAGGUUUUGCAUGCUCACUUCCAUGCCACAGCAUUUCAUUUGCACUGAGUUCAUCUCCCUGCAAUUCCAUCCCUCUCCACCUUGGGUGAGGGCAGAGAUGAAGAUCUGGAGUGAAGCAGCCCUCAUCCCCUGAGCACUUUUCUAAUUCCCUGUGGAACUGAGAUGUGAUGGAUGGUCAGAAGUGCAUCUACUGAAGAGGAGCCAGGGCCUGCUUGUACUACUUACUGCUGUCAUUUUAGGGGGUGGGCAUACAAGCUUGAGUCCCCCAGACUAGCAGUUCUCUUGAACUCUUUUAAACAAGCCUUUGGUGCCCCAUCCCUCCAGUUUCUCUGGGGCCUGAGGUCUCCCUAGGCUGUCUCUUCCAUUUCUUUCUCUUAAAUGUUGUGCGUUGCCUAUUCUGCUCCCUUUCCUUUCCUUUGUGUCUCUGCAUGGGCAAAAAAGAAAUAUCACCAAGGCCCUCUGAGUAAAAGCAAGGGACUCUGCUGUCCUCAGCAUUACAGCUGCUCACGCACGUGCAGUUUAUUUCCUUCCUCUACCAACAUGACUGUAAUCUCCUCUAGCAUGGUAUAGUAAUCAGCUCAUGUACUUUAAAUUGGUCUCUAAGAAACACAAUUCACCACCUUA